CUGGAGGAAAAACUUUAUUUAUUCAAACUGUUCCUCUUCAGAGCAAUGACUCCUAAAGAGAGUUUGGAAUUGGAUGGAGAAAGGGAGACUGCUGCCGGCCUGGAUGCCACGGUGGACUAUGUUAAGUUCUCCAGAGAUCAGUUCAUCCUGGACUGCCCUUCAGAGAAACUUCGCAGAGAGCUGGAGGAAGAACUAAAGAUGAACUGUGAGGAGCCCAGAAGCCACGCAUGGUAUCACGGAGCCAUACCCAGACAGGUUGCAGAAAACUUGGUACAGCGUGACGGGGAUUUCCUGAUCCGUGAUUCGCUGUCCAGUCCAGAAAGUUAUGUUCUGACCUGCCAAUGGCGAAAUGCUGCCCAACACUUUAAAAUCAACAAAAAGGUAGUGAUGUUGAACGAAGCCUACUCCAGAGUAGAGUACCGGCUGGAAAGGGAAGGGUUUGACAAUGUCCCUGCACUUAUAAGAUACUACGUCGGCAACAGAAAACCUGUCUCCCAGGUGGUAGGAGCCAUUAUCUUCCAGCCAAUUAACAGAGGGCUGCCGCUACGCUGCUUGGAAGAAAAGUACGGGUUGUCCAGUAAACAUCGAGAGGCAGCGGGGCUAAUGGCACAGGAGAGGCGGACUCACAAGCGCCUCAGCCUCAACAUUACAAACGGACACACACACGACAACACACACGCUGUGCACGACAGCAAACACUGCCAGGACAACAGCAUGGGCCGAGGCAGCCACCUCAGAUUGAAGGAUCGGUGUGGAAGCCAACCAGCAAGUCUCAAUCAGGUCCAAGAGAGGCGCCGCCCGCUCAAGGCGCACCAAUCGGAAAGUUACCUGCCUCUCGGAUCUAAAUCACAGCCCCAGCAGCCUCCUGACCCUCACCUCCAAAGCCCCAACCCCAAAUCUCCAGUCUUUCGGACGGGCAGUGAGCCGACACUGAGCCCCUCUGUCCCACGGAGGUCUGCAGAGCUUCUGGCAGGCCAGGCCAUCCGGGGCUCCGACAGCCAGCUGUGUCCUAAACCUCCUCCCAAACCCAGCAAGGUGCCGGUGGCUCGACUGCCUCGCUCCCCCUGUCUUCAACCACUGGUUCCCCCAUCCAGCUCCUCCAACCUCACAGACUCCACCUCCUCCAGGCUACCUGCACCUCCCCUGGAUGCCACAAGUGUAGAAACUCUUGGUUCUGCGUGGAGGAGUGGAGCCACCGCAGGCCCUCCUGUUCCUCCAGUCAAACCCUUGAAGUUUCAUCAUCAACUCCUGCAUCCAGACUCUGCCGAAAUGGGUCAGUAUUCAGAUUCAGAGGCAAAAACAGGACGGACUGAACUGCUGCAACAGAGUCCUGCAGACCUGAGGUCCUGCAGCCCGCUGGAGUGGGAGGAAUCAAAAUAUAACCCCAUCACAGUCGACACCCUCCAACUUCAGCCUCCGUUCUGCAGCUACGUGGAGAGACUGAGGAGAGAGGGGGACGGAGGGAGAGAGGAGGAGGGGCAGGAGGAGAAAGAGAUGGGAGGAAAGAGAGGACUGGACAGAAGCUCCUACCAUCACGCCAUCGCCGCCUUAGAAAACACCAGCGAAGAUGAGGAAGAGGAGGGCGAAGACGAGAGGAGGGAAAGGGAGGGGAGCAGUUUCCAGCGGCCCGUCGUAGAGACAGAGUCGACGUUCCAGCCGGCAGAGUUCGGAUCUCGACUAUUGCCGCCGGAAAACAAACCGCUGGAGAUGGUGGUUCUAAAGAGAGCAAAGGAGCUGCUGCUCAGCCACAAUCACCACAGUAUAGCCAAACACCUGCUGAUGGCCGACUGCCAGGUUGCCAGGAUACUCGGAGUGACUCCAGAGCUUAAAGGUCAGAUGGGCGUGUCCUCCGGUCUGGAGCUGGUGACGCUGCCGCACGGUCGACAGCUGAGGCUGGACCUGAUGGAAAGGCACCACACCAUGGCGAUAGGCGUUGCUGUGGAUAUUCUGGGAUGUACGGGCAGCGUGGAGGAGCGGGCGUCCACCUUAAAUCGCAUCAUCCUGGUCGCGUUGGAGCUGAAGGACACGGUGGGUGACCUGUUCGCUUUCACGGCCCUGAUGAAGGCUCUGGAUCUGCCGCAGAUCAGUCGUUUGGAGGAAACAUGGACGACUCUACGAAGAAACUACACACAGACCGCCAUCAGCUAUGAGAAAACACUCAAACCUUUCUACAAGAAUUUGUACGAGGGCACAGCUUCCUCUCCUCCGGUGGUCUGCGUGCCCCUCCUGCUGCCCCUCCUCACUUUGAUGGAGCGUCCGUCAAUCACACCGGAGGGGGCGGAGCUCUGGGAGACCAGCGACCAGGGCUGCGACAUCAUGCUGCGCCACCUAGAGACUGCACGUGAUGUCGCACAGAACGCACCCAGCUACACGACCAACGCACAGACAAUCUUACAAGGGUUCCCGUGCGACGAAGACCUGCUGGAGGUGUUUAAAACAGACUUUCAGCUGCGGCUGCUGUGGGGAAGCCGUGGCGCUUCAGUCAACCAGUCCGAUCGCUACAACAAAUUCAACCUCAUCCUCACUGCGUUGUCACGGAAACUGGAGCCCCCACCCAAAACACAAACCUUAAUCUGACUUCACCUGAGCAACAACUCGCAUACUGACACCCUUUGGACUUCAGCAGAACGUCAGGUGGAUGAGAAGCUAAAGAAAACCUUAUUGAACCCAGAAAGAUUCAAAAAGUGAUCAGAGAACCAGAUGUUGUCAAAAUCCAACUUCACCUAUAGACUCUGUCCUGCAGCCGUUCAGAAGCAACCAUAACUUUUCACAGUCGUCUUAAUUCUCCAGACAAAUGCCGGUUUAGUUCCAGACUUUGCUUCUUUUAAUCAUUUAAUAUUUCACAACAUCGCUUAAAGGAGAAGUCUGUCUUUUAUGGUCCGGGGGGCACCUGCAACUUCGGCCGCAGUUCAUUUAAGAGUCUCUGCACAAUUUACAGUCUAAAAUUUAACAGUCACACAACACAUGUAAAAACAUGUGAAGUACAGGCAGAAUUUGAAACAUACAGGUAACAUUGUUAAUGUAAUGACAAACCCACAAAAUGUUAACAAGCCUUCAUCAGAGCACCACAGAGAGACUAUAGAGGAUAAACAAAUCGUCUAGUCUUCUGAGCGCUUUUACACAAGUCACGCCGAUAGCGGUUCAGCAUCUUGCACAAGGACACUUCAACAUGCAGACAGUGGGGGAUUGAACCGCCGAUCACAAUUAAUAAUCAAACCCCCACUGUUGACUUUUCUGUCAGUAGUGGGGAUGAUGCUACCAGAUCUUUGGCUGUCAUGAGCCUAAAUCAUUAAAGAGCCUGUUCUCUUUAAACCUAGCCUAUAAUAUAAAAUUAACCAAAGUUGGACAUACUGGAUGUUGUUAUUUCACUGGACUUUGAUAACAACUAUCAGUUGUUUGUAUCACUUUUACUCACUUAUUUCCAUUGCUGAGAUCAGGAGGUGCAGCAGCCACAGGUCACAAAAUGCUGUUCUGGUGACAAAUGGUGAAAUAUGCCGCUUGGUCACAUUUAAACUAGCAUUACCUUUGUAAAAGGGAGCAACUGAUAUUCAUGUGACAACAGAGCAGGCUUAAGGGAGAUGUUGAUUUGGAACUGUUGCUCUUUUUCCUGAACUGGCACUUUAUUCUGACAUUCCAGUUAAUGAAGAGCAUAUUUCUUCAACAAGACUAAAGGAGAAGAACAGCUCUACAUCUUACGACAAGUACAUUGUGAGUAAAAUGUCAGGAUGUUCCCCUGAAAAUGUAAAUUUACGUGUACACUUUAAGGAAAGAAGAAAAAAAAAAAGGAGGGGGGAAUGAGGGAGGAACUGUACCUUCAAAGUAAACGUCUGUGUAUAAUGUCCAGAUAUAAAUAAUAAGUGUAUUUAACAGUUACCAUGAGAUUGCUGGCUGCAUUUCUCUGUUUGACCAUUGAUACAAAACCACCUUUGCUAAGAUAAGGUAUGAACAGUAAGAUAUAGCAAGGUCCCUAUGAGGUGGCUUUCAGAAAUCAUGAUCUAAAGCAAAUAUUUUCCAACUGUAAUCCCACAAGAGCAGAAAAUCUGAUUCAAACUCUUUGUACAUGUGUAAAUGUAGCUACCUGAACCAAGUGUCAUCAUUUUAAUUUUUUUCUGCAUAAACCUAAAUGAAUUGAUUUAAAAAACAGAAGUAUGUUAACAUGUGAGAGACAAAAGUUGUAAAUUGUUGAAAUAUUCACAUGUUAAUAAUGGCCUGUACAUAUUUUCCUGUAGAAGACUGACUGUAAAAAAACAAAAACAAAAAGAUUUUAAUGUUUAUAUUAUUAUGAACUACUGUGGUAAGAUUGAAUAAAUAUGGCGUACAGACGUUAA